UAAAGGUGAUCAGUUUGCUUCAAGCACCACUCUCACACUGCACAGAUUCAGCACAUCUCUGAAGAGUUCAGUUUACAACAGUCAUGGUUUUCACUGUGUCUUUGAGGAGUCUUCUUCUGGUCUGUCUGCUUCCUCUUUGUAUUCAAAGUGUGGAUGAGACUGCAGACCCUCAAACUCUUAUGAGAAUUGUUGAAAUGUUUGAGACUAGAUUGAAUGUAAAGGGGCAAUAUGCUGUAGCCAUCAGACUUGAGAAGGAAGAAUGCCUCCCAAAGGCUGAUUUAAAUUCUAUGGUUUUUGACCGCAAGAAGUUACAAGAAAUUGGAGUUGAUAUUUUAAAUGGAGAAAUUUCUGUCUCAGAUGACAUCAUUGCUGCAAAAUACAAGCAGUUUGAUAAAUACACAGACCAUUCAGAGUUUCGGCUAAAGAAUUAUUUGAACAAAGUUUUGGCUAAAGAGGAUCAAUGUGUGAUUUAUUUCUCUUUAAAUUCCCCGUGUUUGAAUAAAUGCCUUAAUGGGAAAUAUAACAUUGAAAAUAGUCUUAAAGCAUUACAGUCAUACACAGGAAUUAAAGCCUUUUUGUUCAAAUACGUAUAUGAAGGUGAUGAUAAGCAGACAAUGGUCGAAAGAAUGAAAGCAAUAGCACCUAAUUUGCCUCUUUUUCAGUGCAGGUAUACCAUAGAACAACCUACUUGUGUUCAACUGUUGAAAGGCAGCACUUAAAUGUACAUUUAUUCAUUUACAGACU